CAAAUUUACAGAGUAGAUUAAUUGUGUCGACACCGCACCAAUAUAAACUAAACGAAGCCGCCGCACGUUGUUUUAUUGUCUUGUGUUUUGUAAAUGAUGCCCAGAGCUGCAUCUCGGUUGAGGUUUAUGGCCUUUCUCAGGAUAUACUGUAUCUUUUAGUGCUCCCGCCACCGCUAACGACUGAAUACAUACACACACACACACACACACACACACACGAUGAUGAUGUUGAGGAUGUCGAAGUUAUAUAAUAACAUUUCGUCUUUGAAGCUGUUGUCAAAUAAUUUCAAGACUGGGGCGCACGGCAGCAGAGUCACCUUGGUGCAGCAGCUCCUCCAAUGCCGCAGCUUUUCUGACGGCGAACAGACCAGCUUCAGCCACCGAAUGUCGGCAUGGAAUAUCUAUUCUUACGGCUGUGACCAGAUGACCUUGUCCAAAACCACUCGUGUCCCGUCUGUGUUGGACCCUGGAGAUGUGUUGGUCGACGUCCAUGCUGCCAGCGUCAACCCGAUUGAUGUCAUGAUGAGAGAUGGUUACGGUGAAAAACUCAUCAACCUCAUCCGAUGGCAACUUGGCAGCAAGCAUUUUGUUGGUUCUGAAUUUCCGCUCAUUUUGGGACGAGACUUUUCCGGAACUGUUGUCUCCGUUGGAAAGAAUGUGACCAGCUUUCAGCCGGGCGACGAGGUAUGGGGAGUUGUGGGGGCACACAACCAAGGCAGCCACGCCCAGUUUUGUGUGGCAUCAACAAAGGAGCUGUGCCACAAACCCUCCACUCUCACUCACAUUGAGGCUGCUUCUCUGCCUUACGUGGCACUCACAGCUUGGAGUGCCCUGUGUUCUGUUGGAGAAAUCACUCAGCAAAAAGCACCAAACUUGAGAGUCUUUAUUCAAGCUGGUUCUGGUGGAAUUGGAACUUUUGCUGUUCAGCUGAUGUCAGCAUGGGGUGCCCAUGUGACAUCAACAUGCAGUACAGAUGCCAUUGACCUUGUGAGGUCACUUGGAGCCAAUGUGGUCAUCGAUUAUAAAACACAGAAUGAAGAAGACGAACUGAGACAGAUGGAUGGCUUUCACCUUUACCUUGAUGUUCUUGGUAAGAAGCCGUCUCGGAAUGUCUUGAAGAAUUGGUGCAAUGCCAAGUAUGUGACAAUAAAGACGCCAUUCCUUGAAGACACAGACACCCAUGGUGUACCUGCUGGCUUCCUCCGCUCGGCCGGUUCCCUUGGCUGUAACAUUCUCGAGAAUCUAAAGAAUGGACAGAGUUAUCGCUGGGCGUUCUUCAUCCCUGAUUGGAGGGCACUGAGGUGUAUUGGUCAGCUGGUGGACAACGGUCAGAUCAAACCAGUCAUCGACAAGGUGUUUCCCUUUCAUCAACUGCCUCACGCCUACAACCAUGUCGAGGCCGGACACAGUCGAGGUAAAACAGUCAUUGAUGUAAAGUGUACAGAGUAACAGCACCAACGCCCAGUGCAGGGAUUGAUCCGAUGCCCUAUAGAACCGACGUUGAGGAUGAUGUUGUUGUUAUUGUUGAUAUUUAGCUGAAACCUUUUUUUUCCUUUUUUUUUUAUUAAAUUUCUUUUUAAAUAAAAUCAAAAUUAUUUUUA